CUAAUAUUUCCUACACACACGUAUUCGAUUCACGUAUAUAUAAAUAUACAAACGUAAAAUUGUAGAUACGUCACUGACAUUGACAUCACCGUCACAACGUUUUAAAGAUUCUUAACCGUUAAAACACCAAAAUAAAAAUAGUAUUUUUCUAAAAGUCUAAUGGAUAAUGAAAAGCAAAAAGAUGAACUCACAGCAUUGGAAAGUAUUUAUAAUAGUGAAGAAUUUUCUUAUAAACAUGAAAACAAUGAAUAUGAAUGUACUUUAAAAAUAUUUUUAAAUCUAUCGGGAGAUUUUUAUUUUUCCUAUAAAGACAUUCGUCAAAUUGAUGAAGAAUCAACGAAAGUUCAAAUUUCACAUCUUCCACCAAUAACUGUUUUAGUGACAUUACCAAAUAAUUAUCCAUCAUUAUCACCUCCAAAUUUCACAUUAAUAUCAUCAUGGCUAAGACCACCACUUUUAUCGAGACUUUGUCGUAAAUUAGAUCAAUUAUGGAAAGAAACAGAGGGUGUUGAAAUACUUUUCACAUGGUUUGCAUUCCUUCAAAAUGAGACAUUGGAAUUUUUAAAUCUUAAAGAAAAUUUAAAUAUCAAUCAAACUUAUACACGGUACAAAAUAGCAUUAGAAAAUCAAAUACAACCUGAAUUAACAAUGUGUGCAUCUAAUAUUCUGAAAAAAUCAAGUGUUGAUGUUCGACAUCGAAAUGAGAUGACAAAUACAAAGAAUCAUCAUCAUCAACAUUUUUCAAAGAAAAAAAAUAAGAGACAAAAAAAUAAUAAAAAUUCAUUUGAUAAAAGAGCAGUGUUUGAUCGACCAGUUAGUAGUAAUCCAGUCCAAAUGUUAAUUGAUUAUAAUGAAAUGCGAAAUGAAAUAGAAUUUAAAAGAAAUUUUUAUACAUGUAAAAUUUGUUUUUCCGAUAAAUUGGGAAUUGAUUGUACACAAUUUAUUCCUUGUUCACAUGUAUUUUGUAAAGAUUGUAUUGUUGGAUAUUUGGAAGUUAGAAUCAAGGAUGGUGCAGUUCAGGAUAUAUCUUGUCCUGAAGAUAAAUGCACAUCGGAAGCAACACCCGGUCAAAUAAAGGAUUUAGUGAGUCCUGAAUUGUUUAGCAAAUAUGAUUCAAUUUUACUCAGUGCAACAUUAAGUACAAUGUCAGACAUUGUUUAUUGUCCACGACGUCACUGCCAAUAUCCUGUGAGCCGUGAAGUCAACGAAGUAUUCGCCACAUGUCCAUCCUGUCAAUAUGCCUUUUGUCUAUUUUGUAAAAUGGUCUAUCAUGGAAUUGAACCCUGUAAAAUGAAUUCAGCUGACAAGCAAAGUUUAAUGAAAGAAUACAAAAAUGCUUCACCGGAGGGUAAACUUCAAUUGGAGAAACGAUACGGGAAAAAGCAAUUGCAACUUAUGAUUGAUAAUACCAUGUCGGAAAAUUGGAUAACUAAUAAUAGUAAAAAUUGCCCCCACUGUAAAGUUGCUAUUGAGAAAUCUGAUGGAUGUAAUAAAAUGGCUUGUGGACAUUGUAAUACAUUUUUCUGUUGGCUAUGCAGUACAAGAUUGGAUCCACGUGAUCCAUAUCAACAUUAUCGUAAUCCCAAUUCCAGUUGUUUUAAUCGAGUGAAUCAAGGUAUUUUAAUGAAUUUGGGCGACGACGACGAUGAAGACGAUGAGGUUGAUGACAGUGACGACGAUGAUGAUCCUACAUUUGUUGUUGAUGAAUUCAUAGAUUAUUCUGACGAUGAUAAUUCAACGGAGGAAAUUGAAAUAGAUGAUUUAUAAAAAAUGUCAUCUUUCAUGUUACUUUCACAAUUUUUUUGUUUGUUGAUAUUUUAAAUCAGGGUAGCCACAAGUCAGGGAAAUUUUUAUUUUAUUUUUUUGUCAGGGAAGUCAGAAAAAAACAUUUUUGUCUCAGAAAAUUUGGGAAAUUGAAUAAAUUUAUUAGAAAAUUUUUCGGACAAAUUUCAAUAAAUCUAAAUUUAAAUUAGUUUCCAAAAUUUAAAUCUGUUUAAAUUUUAUUUUAUCGAAAUUUCAAUUUAAUUUAAAUUAUUUUCCAUUCAAAUUUUAAUCAAUACAAAUUUCAAGUGAUACAAUUUUCAAUUAAUUCUAAUUUUUAUUGAUCAAAACAAAUUUAUUAAUUAAAAAAUAUUUAUUAACUGCAAAUUCAAUCGAUAAAAACUUAUAAAAUUAACAAAACAAAUUAUCCGAAUUUCAAUUUUUCAAAAUUUUAAUUAAUUUAAAUUUAAAAUUCAAAAUUCAAUUUAGAAAAAUUUUUAACCAAUAAUGCCUCAAUAAAAUUUGUUUUUAUUCUUGUGGAAACCCUGUAUUUUUUAUUUGUUUGUUUAGCAAAAAAAAAAAAAAAGAAAAAGAAGAAAAAAAGAAAAAAAUUCUACGAUGCUAAUAUAUAUUUUUUUCUGUUUAUUUUUGAAAAUAUUCCAAAAAAUUGUUUGUCACGUUAAAUAUUCUUUUUGAUUUGAUAAAUAAUUUUAAAUGUCGCGAUAUAAAUGAUUGAUUUAAUGGUCUCUGUGAGAUUGUAAUAUUUUUAUUUUUUAUGCUUUAAUAAAAUUCAUUUACAAAA